GCCAUGAAGAGCAGAGAUUGAUGAGCGCCAUCGCAGGCCUUCCCCAGCACCAACGCUCCGGCCUAUCCCGGAGCUUUUGGAGGAAUACGGCUCAUGGUGCCUCGCCCGCCCAUGUGCUCGGGCCUCGUGUUGGUGUCGCUCGCAGCUGGGCUUUCGCCGCAAUCUCCCUUCCCUCCCCGAUCUGGCCAGAUCCUGCCACCAGCACCCCUUGGGCCCUGUUCUGGCUGCUGCUGCUGUCGGUGGCUACAUGUAUGCUUCUCCGCAGAGUCUGGACUCUCCCAAGGCGACCAGGCUGCAAACCCUGGCCGGCGGAUCGCUGCUCUUCGAGGACGCCGUCCUGCCGGCUGCAGCCCGGGCAGGCAUCGACCUCGCCAAGUGGGUCCCGCCACCACAUCCUGGUCUUCUGCUGUCGAGGUCGCUGGAGAGUACGCAUAUCGACUGUUGCAAGAUUGCUGCCUUCCCAGCCUCGGACCGAUUCCCAGAUCACCUUCCUCCUCCUCCUCCUCCUCCUCCUCCUCUUCCUCCUGGCUUGUGCGAAUGCCUGCUGACCUUGGGCACUUCGACCUCGUUCGCCGUUUCUGCGGCGCUGUUCUCUCUCUCGGAUUGCUCUGCUUGUCGUUGGUAGAUCCCAGAGCCCGUCAGCUCGAUCGCAAGUUCAGCCAAUGGAGUCUGAACGGUCGCUCCCUUGGCUCGCUGGCCAGCAUUGCUGCGAUCGUGGUUGCCGAACAUUUUGAUCUGGUCGAGUCGCUUGAAGGCCUGGAAUGGAGUCCGAUUGGACACCACAUCUACACAGCCCUGAAGAAACGAUAUGCAGUGCUGUCGCCCCGCAUGAUCGCUCUGCUCUCGAUGGCAUUUCCGGAUCACUUUGGCCGGGACAACGCUGUCCUUGCGAGCCUGCCCUCGACACCGUCACAUCCAAGGGCAUUACUGGAAACCCUGGCGUAUGCAUGCGGCUCGACCCUGACCGUCCUGAAUCUCAGCCGCACACAGCUGGGCGAUAGCGACUUGCCAUAUCUGCAUAAUCUUCCCAAGCUGCGAGUGCUCGAUCUGUCGUUCACCCUGCUCACCGACGUUGGCCUGGUGGCCUUUGUUCGGCCGAUCGACUUUGCCUCGAGCAGCCUGAGCGAACCAGGAGCUAUAUGGGCUCGCUCAAACCAGGAGGUCGCAUCGGACUGGCUGGUGCUUGGUCGCCGCUGCUGCUGCUCGAUUCAAAGCCUGAGCCUCAAAGGACUCGGGACGGUCUCGGAUCGAGGAAUCGGCGCUAUUGCUCGGAAACUGAGGCACUUGUCCGUAUUGGACGUUGGCCAGACCCUGGUCAGCACCAACGGUCUCGAAGCCCUUGGUCGGACGCAUGGAUGGAUGCGGAUAUCGGCUCUGCAGCUCACGACCAUACUCGAAGACCAUACCGGCAAUGCCCCGUCCGAAGCGAUGCUGGAUACACCGACGGGAACGGGCAGGCUCCGAGCCCUGCUCCGCAUGAGCCCCUUUGCCGGGCUGACUCCAAACCAAGGCGAACAGAGCCAGUCGGAUCUCCUCGAAACACUGCGCCAAGUUCAUGCCCACGACCCACCGACGUUUCCAAGGAGUCUGCGGCGUCGAGUGCCAGAGUCGUCGUUGGCAGAGCUUCGGUCCUCAAUCUAUUUAUUCCGAGAUCCCGAUUCAAGCGCCACCAAACGAACCAGCAGCGGAGGAGAAAGCUGGGGCGACGAGCCGCGUUCAGGUGCCAAGGCCGUCGGAUCCAAGCGCUCGAUCGGCCUGUCGGUUCACUCGUCGAGGAAGAAGCCCAGCCUGGGUCCGAAACUCUGGGAGUCGCUCGAUGAUCAUCUUCUCUAGCCAUCGAUAUGGAUAUUGGGCCUGGAUGACCAGCAUCGGGCUUGAUGAUCCACCUAGACCGCUGCUAAUUGAGAUCCAGCAUCCUGGCAAAG